GGUUUCGGCAGUUUGAUUUUCUCCGUCUUAUCUCUAAAUUUCAAUUGGAUUUUGAUUUCAUUUUUUAAUUUUUAUUAUUUGUUUUUUUUAAUUUUAUCAUUGAUGAGAAUUCUUGUUGGAGUUAAACGAGUAAUUGAUUUUGCUGUGAAAGUUCGUGUGAAAAAAGAUGGAACUGGAGUUGUAAAGGAUGGGGUUAAUCACUCAAUGAAUCCUUUCUGUGAAAUCGCUUUGGAGGAAGCGGUUCAAAUAAAAGAACGAAAGGAAAAAGCUGGUAAAGGACCUGUAGAAGUUGUUGCUCUCUCAAUUGGUAUGGAAACUCUAAGAACAGCACUUGCCAAAGGUGCGGAUAAGGCAAUUCAUUUGGAAGUGGACACUGCUUUUGAGGAAAAACUUGAACCAAUUCAUGUUGCCCGUGCAAUUAGCAAAUUGGUGGAAACUGAUAAAUAUGAUAUGAUAAUUCUCGGAAAACAAGCUAUUGAUGAUGAUGCUAACCAGACUGGUUAA